AUGGAACCUAAAUUUAUGUGCUUUACAAAAAUACUCACAAAUUCAGAUGUUGAGCGUAAUUUAGAGAUACCUAACGGGUCACCGUUUUUGCCGAUCGAUGAUGAGCUCAUGCUUGUACGUGAUCGAGCUGGAACAACAUAUCAGUUUCGAGCAUCGGAGAGGAGAGGAGGGAGGCGGUCUCUGACGCUCGACUGGCACGCCUUUGCUGUGGCAAAGAAUCUUGAAGUUGGCGAUGCUAUGAGAAUUUACAAGUUGGGCAACGGAAAUGAAUAUGAGGUGCAGGUUGGCACGAAGCUCUUUGGACCUCACAUAGGUUGGCUAUCACUCUAA